GAAACUUUGCAUUUGAGAGGUCAGGUUCUAAAACGAGGUAGCCAAUAUUUAUUACCGUGGCAACGCAAAAAGUUGUAUUUUGUUGACUCCUGUACAGUGAAGUAACCUGAAUUACAGUAUCGAAACGCUUUUAAAAAAGGAAGAUGGGUCAAGAUUAUUAUAAUAUUCUUGGAAUUACGAGAAGUGCUACUGAUGCAGAUAUAAAGAAAGCAUAUCGAAAACUUUCCUUGAAAUACCAUCCUGAGAAAAAUACUGAUCCAGGUGCUGAGGCAAAAUUCAAGCAAAUCGCAGAGGCGUAUGAUGCUUUGAGUAGUGAAAAGCGGAGAGCUGUUUAUGAUCAAUUUGGAGAAGAGGGUUUGAAAGGAGGAAUCCCAAAUGUUGAAGAUGAGAAUUUCUCAAAAGGCUAUGUUUUUCAUGGAGAUCCUGAUAAAGUGUUCAAAGAGUUUUUUGGAGGGAACAACCCAUUUUCUGAAUUCUUUGAUGUCAGCCAAAAUGAAAUCGACAAUGGCUUUGCUGGCCUUCAAGGCAGGGGCAGGAAAAAACAAGAUCCUCCAAUUGAAAGAGAGCUCUACUUAACAUUAGAAGAAGUGUACAAAGGAUGUACCAAGAAAAUGAAGAUAUCAAGACGUGUAAUGAAUGAGGAUGGUCAUACAUCAAGCAUCAGAGAUAAAAUAUUGACCAUUAAUGUCAAACCUGGAUGGAAACCAGGUACCAGAAUAACAUUUGAAAAAGAAGGUGAUCAAGGACCGAACAAUAUUCCUGCUAACAUCGUAUUUAUUGUAAAAGACAAAGAGCACAGAUCAUUUCGAAGAGAUGGGAAUAAUAUUGUAUACACCACCAGUAUACCACUUGGAGAGGCAUUGACGGGCUGUAUCGUUGAUGUUCCAACUCUUGAUGGAAGGCUCCUAAAUAUCCCGAUCAACGACAUUGUAAGGCCUGGUUAUACAAAAACCGUUAAAGGUGAAGGCAUGCCAGUGACGAACGACAAAACGGGACGGGGGGAUCUUGUAAUCGCGUUCGAUAUCCAGUUUCCCACUCAUUUGUCCCCCGAGCAGAAGGACUUGCUUGCAAAGGCACUGAACGUGCGGUGAAUGCGUUGCGUUUUGUUUAUAUCUUGUUUGUAUGUUGUAGCCUUCACCGUUUUCGUAGCUCUGAUUUUUAAAGUAUAUAAAAAGCCCUAAUGAUGUA